CCAGGACCCUGCAUUCACUAUAUCCGGUCUCCCACGGACCCUGCAUUCACUAUAUCUGGUCUCCCAGGACCCUGCAUUCACUAUAUCUGGUCUCCCAGGACCCUGCAUUCACUAUAUCUGGUCUCCCCGGACCCUGCAUUCACUAUAUCUGGUCUCCCAGGACCCUGCAUUCACUAUAUCUGGUCUCCCCGGACCCUGCAUUCACUAUAUCUGGUCUCCCAGGACCCUGCAUUCACUAUGUCCGGUCUCCCCGGACCCUGCAUUCACUAUAUCCGGUCUCCCCGGACCCUGCAUUCACUAUAUUUGGUCUCCCAGGACCCUGCAUUCACUAUAUCUGAUCUCCCAGGACCCUGCAUUCACUAUAUCUGGUCUCCCCGGACCCUGCAUUCACUAUAUCUGGUCUCCCCGGACCCUGCAUUCACAAUAUCUGGUCUCCCCGGACCCUGCAUUCACUAUAUCUGGUCUCCCAGGACCCUGCAUUCACUAUAUCUGGUCUCCUCGGACCCUGCAUUCACUAUAUCUGGUCUCCCCGCCCCCUGCAUUCACUAUAUCUGGUUUCCCCAGACCCUGCAUUCACUAUAUCUGGUCUCCCCGGACCCUGCAUUCACUAUAUCUGGUCUCCCAGGACCCUGCAUUCACUAUAUCCGUUCUCCCCAGACCCUGCACUCACUAUAUCUGGUCUCCCCAGACCCUGCAUUCACUAUA